CUGGAAUAGAGGCUUUGAAAAGCGGUUAUUGCAUCAGAGAGGUUAAGUUUGAAGUGCUUGUGACAAAACUAAAUCUGUAGAACCUCAGAACUGCCACAAAGAUUUUAAAAAUGUUUCCAGCCAAGCAGCCAAAGAUCCAUCUGGGAACAGAGAUAUUUAAAUGAAACUGGCGGCAUGAACAGAGGUGGAGGAGAUAAGCUGAAACAAUGGUGGCAUUCACAUGGCAGUGACGUGCAAACCAAACAGUCAAAUGAGCCGUCGCUCAUGUGUCGCAGCAGACGAGCAUGCUGCUGCUCCUCUGCUCUGUCGGCUCCGCACACACGGCCGAGGAUGGCGAAGAAAGCGAGCGUUGACCUCCAGAUGCCGGCGGCGGAAGGAGGCCUGAAGGAGCUGGUGCUGAGGUGGUUCACCGAGACUCAGGCGCCGCUCAUCCUGCAGAACGGCAACUUCCCCGACUGGUUCCAGGGCCUGGCUGCCAGAAAGGAAGCAGAAGAUGCGCUGAGAGAUAAAGCUCUGGGCCGUUUUCUCAUCCGCCUCAGCGAUAAAGCCAUCGGCUACAUCCUGUCCUACAAAGGCCAGGACCGCUGUCGCCAUUUUGUCAUUUCCCAGAAUGCGGACGGCCAGUUUGUCAUAGCUGGAGACUGUCAGCUGUUUGGGAGUCUGAGCGAGCUGAUCGAGCAUUACAAGGUCAGCCCCAUCCAGCCGUUUGGGGAGUUCCUCACCUCCAGCUCCUGUGAGGACGAUGCGGACGAUCUGUAUGACGUGGUCAACGCCCACAAGACCUCAGCCGUCAGCGUCCAAGCCCUGCGGUCCAUGUGGGACCAGGUGGAGCCCGGGAAGAAAAAAGGGAUUCAGCAGCACCAGAAUGGACCUCCUGCGGCGCCGGUGCCUUCACUGCCUCCUAAGUCCAGAAACAGGAAGCUGAAGGGAACCGUGUCCGUGGACGCCACGUCUCUCUCCCAGACUCUUCCUCCGGUGCCGAAAAGAGGAAUGCCGUUGAGUUUUUCCCUGAGUGGAUCUCUUCCAGACACGACGUCCCAUCCCAGCGAAGCCCAGGCCGACCCGAGCAGAGCGCAGAAGCCCGGAGGAAGGACAAACCCAGCGGUGGCCUCCCACAGAGACCCCACAGACAACCCAGCUCAUCUUCACGCAGAAAGCGUCUCGUAUGCUGAGCUGAGUCAGGUGGAGGGCAGGAGCCAAUCGCUGCCGUAUCUGGGCAGCAAGAACGAGGAAGAGGAGGAUGAGGAGGAGAAGUGCUCCGAGCGGUUUAACGGCCUCUCCGUCUCAGCACCAAAGAAGGUCACCUGCCACACAUACUCCCUCCACGCUCCUCCUCACGGUUCGGCCCACAGAAGCUCCGGGUCAGAACCAGAGAACCCGCCUCAGCUGACAUCCAACCCUCUGUACCAGUCCUCCGACGCCGCUGCAGGAGGUCCAGCCCAGCAGGGGGAGAACAUGUACGCUGAGGUUCCUCAGGCGCCGCAGAGGACCGCCGACGACACGUAUGAGCAGAUCCCCGGAGACGGCGCCGUCCAGGGCAACACGUACGAGUCGGUGGAAGACCUGAAGAACAAGAAGCCCAGAAGCACCUGGGGGAAAAAUAACAAAAAAUGGAAAAUGUUCCGACCGGAUUACAGGAAGAAGUAAACGGGAAGAAGCUUUUUUCUCCAAGACAUUUCUAUUCGUCACAAAGGAAAACGGCUCUUCAGAUGAUCAUCUGCAUCUUAGAAGUAUGAUCAUCUGCAUCUUAGAAGUAAAGAGAAUCAAGGCUGUGAAAUUCAAUUACUUUUGUUUCUAUGGCGCCAGUUCACAUCCCGUCAUCUCAAUUCUCAAGGCACUUUACAAAGUCGAUUCAAUCAAAUUAUUCAGACUGUUUAAACGUUUCCUCUCUAAGGAAACCAGCAGGUUUCAUCCAGUCACUGACCUGCAGCAUUAAAUCCUCCUUGAUGAACCUGGAGCCACAGAGGACAGUUGCUGGCAUUGCUUCGCAGCAAUGCCUCAUCCUGAACACAUGCAUGCAGAGACAGUUGUUGCUGUUGCUGGAUGCAAAGAAAUGACUCUUGAG